GCCCGCAGCCAUGUCCUCCGCCGCCCGCUUCGACUCCUCGGACCGCUCGAGCUGGUACGUGGGGCCGGUGUCGCGGGCGGAGGCGCAGACGCGGCUGCAGGGGCAGCGCCACGGCAUGUUCCUCGUGCGGGACUCGUCCACCUGCCCGGGCGACUACGUGCUCUCCGUGUCCGAGAACUCGCGCGUCUCCCACUACAUCAUCAACUCRCUGCCCAACCGCCGCUUCAAGAUCGGCGACCAGGAGUUCGAGCACCUGCCGGCGCUGCUCGAGUUCUACAAGAUCCACUACCUGGACACCACCACCCUCAUCGAGCCAGCGCCCAGGUAUCCAAGUCCACCUAUAGGAUCUGGAACUGUUUCUACUCUGUCUACUGUGGAAGAAAAUGUGGAAUAUGUUCGGACUCUGUAUGACUUUCUUGGGAAUGAUGCUGAGGAUCUUCCAUUUAAAAAGGGUGAGAUACUGGUAAUCAUGGAGAAGCCUGAAGAACAGUGGUGGAGUGCCAGAAACAAGGAUGGUCGGAUUGGGAUGAUUCCUGUUCCUUAUGUAGAAAAGCUAGUCAGAUCUUCUCUCGGGAAGCAUGGAAACAGGAAUUCCAACAGUUAUGGUAUUCCAGAACCUGCCCAUGCUUAUGCUCAGCCUCAGACCGCAAGUCCCCUUCCCUCAGUAUCCAGUACACCUGGAGCAGUGAUCAAUCCUCUACCAUCAACACAGAAUGGACCAGUCUAUGCCAAAGCUAUCCAAAAAAGAGUACCCUGUGCUUAUGACAAGACUGCGCUUGCUCUAGAGGUCGGAGAUAUUGUGAAGGUUACAAGGAUGAACAUAAACGGUCAGUGGGAAGGAGAAGUCAACGGGCGAAAAGGGCUGUUCCCCUUCACACACGUCAAAAUCUUUGACCCUCAGAACCCGGAUGAGGCCGAAUGAUCCCCUUUGCCUGGUUCACACUGCUGCUUCAUUUCCCUGGCUAUCAUUGGCAUUGUUUGAGGUGGGAUGAUGACUUAACGGCACAUUGCUAGCAUUGCCCAUUUUCCAGCUUGCUGCAGUUUGACAGUUCUUUUAACAUACAUUUGGAAUACGUCACAACUGAAGUCACUGCCUGACCUUCGUACCRUGGUUGCACCAUCCAGGUGAUAAUUUCACUUUUAGAACUGUAUCAGGCCUUAAGCUGGAGGAGACUGAACCAUACAGAUACAUAGGAGACAAGUAUGGGGGGAAAAAAAAAGACUUUCCUGUUAAGACUUCCAUGGACUCACUUUGGCCUACACAGUAAGAAGAGCCCUAAUCCUAGAUCAAACAUARAACUCGUGCGUUACUGUCCAACAAAAAGCAACAACAAAAAUGCAAUUUUAGGACUGAAAAAGACUUAGUUUUAAGAGAAACUGUCCUAAAGUAGUAUAUUCAAGAUAAUGGUUUCUUUUAAAGGACAAGAAUCAAAGCUUACAUAUGCUCAGCAGUUGUAUUAGAAGCUGCUCCUCUGUGAGCACUCUCAAGCUUGUUGUUGACCUUCCUGAAACAGUGUAUGUUAAAUGCAAGUAAUCAUUGAUUGAGCUGCAUUGAAGCCAAGGCAAUUAUUUAUAAGGAAACUUAGGAGGAGUUGAUACUCAUAGCCUGUUUUUGAUAUACUUAAAGCAUUUCUGUUGACUUUGCAAGCACUAACUAUAAAAUGAGCUUUAAAGGGAAACACUUAGGCCUGGUCUACUUGCAGCUCUUCUGCAAUGCUUUAGUUUUACUAAASUAGAACUGCUCAUCACUAAGCUGCUGCUUGGUAGGCAGACUGAUCAGAUUGCAGUAGUUGGGAAGAGGGGGAAAGGAGUGCUACAGAAGAGUUUUUUAAGUGCUUAUAAAAUCCUCCUAUUUAAACAAGUAACGUCUUACACCCAUUUCCCCACAGACCCCCUUUUCUCUUCCCUUUCCUAGGGGUGCCAGUCCCAGCUUGCUAAAAGCUCAUUUGCAAACACAGUACCUUGUCUCCCCAGGGUGUCUCCAGGUCUCCUCACUUCCUCUCUGGCUCCACAGGCUUCUUUAUUUUCUUGCUUACACCACAACCUUCCCCACACACCUCCAMCUGAUUCCCUCUCCUCCUAAGGCCUUUGGCUCUGGCUUUUAUCAGCCCCAGGUCUCGCCCCCUCCCAGCAUCCCCGAAAAACUGGUUAAUUGGAAUCAGCUGCCUGAGUUCCCCAUGUGGCAAAUUGAGGCUCAGAGUGGAGGAGGCCACAAAGGUCUCUAUGGCCAAUAUAGGGGUUUCUGCCCCUUUUUCUGUACCUAAUGGAUGCUGCUGUAAUUGUAUUUACAGCAGGGAUUUGUAUGACCACAGCUGCGUGAGUCCAGUUAGAACCAUGUGGCUUAAGUCCUUAACCUGCAAAUGGGCCAGGAAAGCUUAGGUGCAGGGGCAUUUUUUGCCACCCUCUUUAAAUGUGUUUUCUAGGCGAACUGGAAUGCUCUUUUWAAAAAAUAAUUGAACACUGAAUUAACAGAAUACAUGUAUAAGCAAAGACUGUAAUCACAAAACCUCCCUUUUCAGGUUAAAGAAAAAUGUGUGUUGUAGAAGCUGGCAGCAAAGCAGCUGCCCUCAUGCAUCCGGUUUUCAGCUUUUGAAGGGAGCUGAUUAUAGCAAAAUUAGAAAGUACAGAUACUUGCAGAAUUUUACUAUUUGUUUUAUCAAAUUAUAUAAAAUGUAUCAUCUUCUGUUGCUGCAUGUGUUCUUGUUGAUUUAGGUCUCUUGAUCCUAAUAAAAGCAAGUUGUUUUUAGCUUCAUAUUGAAGUGCCGUGAGAUUCUUAAGUGGGAGGCACUGAAGAAAUGCAAAGCUGGCAUUGACAACAAGAGAUACAAAACCCUGCUUUAAAUAAAAGUUCCUGAUUUCACCUAGUAGCCCUUUUUCUCUAGCGUUGACCUGAGUCUAGGAGUUCUUGUAGAGCAUUUCACUGCCAAAUUAACUGUGAAGUAGAGUAGCAUUGACUGAAGUGUUUGGUGCUGUAGGAAUAAUUCUUGACAAUAGGCAUUGACAGCGUGUCUUGCAAUGAGGAGCUAUGCAGCUAUCGUCUUAACCGAAGAAAAUCACUCUUAUUGCACGCCCCAGCUCCAAGUUUACUCCAUAGGUUGUACUACUGAAAGUCAUCUUGUGAAUACAGACCCUGCGCUAAGCUGAGUCUACUGCAGAGGAAUGUUAUUGCAGACCUGACCUAGUUAUAGGCAUCUGUCUUCAGAGGCCCGGCUGUGGGAUUCUUCCUUUGCAUAGUAAAAAGUCCGUAAAUACUGUGAGAUUUGCUUUUUAACACAGCUUUUUAACGUGGGGUGUUUUUCACUAGAAUGAACAUCCUAACGCUUGCCCUCCUUGAGCAGGGGGCACAUUUGGAACAUAAAGCAUUGCUUUUCACUUAAUUAAUGCUCGAAUGCUGCAGAAAAGUGAAACGUUUUCCUUCCAAACUAUGCAAAACGCGUGUGUAGUGGCAUCUGAUGCAAAGAUAAGAAUUCUGGAGUUCCUGGGAACCUGGUUUUGGGCCGCUGAGGAGGAGUUUCCUCUGGGUAGCAGAGGCUGCUUCGCUCGCGUCGCGUGCGGCUUGACCGUAGCCUCCGAACAGGCUACACCACCUGCAAACCUGCAUCAAAAACACCCUGGAUAUUUCCCUGUAAGACAAGUAUUUUCAUACAAAACCCGCAUCUGAUGAGUCUUGUGUUUCCCUUGGAAGGGCUCCCCGGGUUCUCGGUCGCUUGUGGCUUGUUUCCGUGCGCGCUGGCCCUUCCUUUAGGAAGCUCCGAGGCAGAGCCGUGGGGCUGGCUCCCGGCUGAGCCCGCUCAGGCUGCGGGUGCUGCCGAGCUGCUUUGCUCACGCGGUGCCAGGGCC